CUUUCCUUCUCCAAAUCACCAGAAAGGACGAUUACAAUGACUUUAACGUUCAUCCCCACAAAUACUUCAACACAUCCAAAAACCCUCAAGCGAAAAUCUGUUCAGACCCGCCAUGCAACGAGUGGCAUCCCUGUCUCCAUCCCUGCACAUUCGAAGACUUCUCUUGCUACCAAACCGCACAGUCGAAAUGAUCUGGAGGAGGAACACGCCGUGAACAAGGACCCACCCCAACCGGUGGCGUAUCCACACGUUCUAGAAAGUAGUACGCUGGUGGAGGAAGGUUACAAGGAGUAUGUGAGUCGGCAGCCUUCCCGUGGGUUUUCCCACAAAGAGGAGGAAGAAGAUCCCAUCGUAAAUGAGGAAGAUAUCACCCCUCAAAAGCCGCCCAUUCCUGUUCCCCAUCCAGAUGAAGAAACGAAAUCCAUUAAACCAGCCCGGACUCCUCCACUGGAUCCCAGCCUAAUCGUAGACCCUCAUCUCCGUCUUAAACUUGCUCUCCCGCCAUCCAAUCCAAAGCUCAUGCGUCCGAAAGACUACCACCUUAGGCGCAAGACGGAGGAUCGUCAAAUACCAAUCACGCAACCAAACAUUGUGCCGACGAAUUUGGAUAGACCGACUGCAAAUUCUUCAAAAUUCAUUCAAAAUAGAAUCGAUAAAGUUAAACAAGAUAGAUUUGAUCCUGUACAAGCUGUGGCUGAGUUGAUGAUCAAGGAUAGGGAAGCCGUGAGAAGGGUGCAAACUCGGGUAACUGCUCAGUCACUGAACAUUGACCGUAAUACAACACAAUACAACAACCUUACACCAAUCAAUACCCAUUGGGUUCACCAACACAGCAAAUCUCGGACCCAAUCAGAUCAAAUUGCAAGGAUGGAACAGGCCGCCAGUGAACCCAUCAUGAGCACCACGUCUGGUCCUGAACCUGCUUCAAAAGGGAUACCGCGGGCCAAAAAAAGUGUGAGCCAGGCGUGGCUGGAUGCACGGGACACCAAAAUGAAUGCAGAGGAAUUCAAACCAAAGAAUUUGGAAAUGGAUACUAUAUCCAUACCAUAUCCCCAUAUUUCGGACGAUCCGUUUGCAAACGGUCCGGAUGCCCCUAGGUUGACGAUGGGGUCUCUGGAGCUCAAUUUAGAGGAUUGGAAUCGGUUGAGGUUUUAUGAAAAACCGGUGCGCUGUCAGGAUUUUGAUAUUGUGAAGCAAAGGAGUGCAAUCCUGAAUCCAUCAAGUUUAAAGUGAGAUGAAAAUACUCUUGUUUAUUAUAGUGAAAAGAGCAAAGUAUGCCCAUAGACUGGUUGGUAUUUAUUUGUGCUUG